GCGGCGGCGGAGCGCGGAGCCGGGAGAAUGGACGGAACCGCGGAGCGCAGCCUCCCGGAGCCGGACAGCCAGGGCUCCCGGGUUGGCGACGACGUGGAGAUCGUGGUGAACGUGGGGGGCGUCCGGCAGGUGCUGUACGGAGACCUGCUCAGCCGGUACCCCGAGACCCGGCUGGCGGAGCUGCUGACCUGCCUGGCCGGCGGCUACGACAGCAUCUUCUCCCUGUGCGACGACUACGACCCCGGGAAGCGCGAGUUCUACUUCGACCGCGACCCGGACGCCUUCAAAUGCGUCCUGGAGGUGUACUAUUUCGGGGAGGUGCACAUGAAGAAGGGCAUCUGCCCCAUCUGCUUCAAGGGCGAGAUGGACUUCUGGAAGGUGGACCUCAAGUUCCUGGACCAGUGCUGCCGGAGCCACCUGCGCGAGAAGCGCGAGGAGCUGGAGGAGAUCGCGCGCCGCGUGCAGCUCAUCCUGGACGACCUGGGCCUGGACGCGGCCGCGGGGCGCUGGCGCCGCUGCCAGCAGCGCGUCUGGAAGUUCCUGGAGAAGCCCGAGUCCUCGCGCCCCGCGCGCGCCGUGGCCGUGCUGUCCUUCCUGCUCAUCCUCCUCUCGUCCAUGGUCAUGUGCAUGGGCACCAUCCCCGAGCUGCAGGUGCUGGACGCCGAGGGCAGCCGCGUGGAGCACCCGACGCUGGAGAGCGUGGAGACGGCGUGCAUCGGCUGGUUCACGCUGGAGUACCUGCUGCGCCUGUUCGCCUCGCCCAACAAGCUGCACUUCGUCCUGUCCUUCAUGAACAUCGUGGACGUGCUGGCCAUCCUGCCCUUCUACGUGAGCCUGACGCUCACGCACCUGGGCGCGCGCAUGAUGGAGCUGACCAAGGUGCAGCAGGCCGUGCAGGCGCUGCGCAUCAUGCGCGUGGCCCGCAUCUUCAAGCUGGCGCGCCACUCCACCGGCCUGCAGACGCUCACCUACGCGCUCAAACGCAGCUUCAAGGAGCUGGGGCUGCUGCUCAUGUACCUGGCCGUGGGCAUCUUCGUCUUCUCGGCCCUGGGCUACACCAUGGAGCAGAGCCACCCCGAGACGCUGUUCAAGAGCAUCCCGCAGUCCUUCUGGUGGGCCAUCAUCACCAUGACGACCGUGGGCUACGGCGACAUCUACCCCAAGACCACGCUGGGCAAGCUGAACGCGGCCAUCAGCUUCCUGUGCGGGGUCAUCGCCAUCGCCCUCCCCAUCCACCCCAUCAUCAACAACUUCGUCCGGUACUACAACAAGCAGCGCGUCCUGGAGACAGCGGCCAAGCACGAGCUGGAGCUCAUGGAGCUCAACUCCGGUGGCGCUGGCGCAGGCGAGGGCAAGGCCGUGGGCUCCCUCGGGGACCUGGACAACCUCCCACCACUGGAGCCCGCAGCCGCAGCCGGCAAGGAGGGAGCCUGGGGCAGCCGGCUCAAGAUCUCCCACAGCGACACCGUCAUCCCCCUCCUGACCCAGGAGAAGCACCACAGGACCCGGCUGCAGAGCUGCAAGUGACGUGGGCCGUCGGGGCGCAGGUGGGCGGAUGCUGUGACUGUCUGUGCCCCCCCUCCCCUCCUGAGCUGAACUCUGAAGGCCCUCUGGGCAUCUGCCAUGAGGCUGGGUAAGACCCUGUGCGUUGCUGGCUGUCCGGGAGCCGGCGCUGGGGAGGGGUGGUGGGGAGCCAAGGCAGGAGGGGUGCUGGAGGCUGUGUGGCAGGGACCCUGGUCCCGUUCUGUAUCUUUCAAUAAAGCCCUGCUCUGUGCA